GGAUCCGCCCAUAGUAGCCAUACUGUAUCAAAGGGCGCUGGUAUCAUUCUGGAGCCGCUUGUCGAUUUCUUCCAGGAGACUCCUCUUAUACUUUCUUGCAUCAAAGGCCACUAACUAUGAACUGGGCCCGGUUGCUGGUGUUCUGCAACGCGCUAGUGGCCGCGGAUGCCCUCAUCAGAAUUCCGCUCACGAAAUUCCAGUCGGCACGCCAGUCCCUGACGGACGUCGCGGGUUCCGUUGAGAAUCUCAUUGCUGCUGGGCGCCGUGGAAACCGGAAGUACACGGAAUCCCUGCGAAAGAAAGGAGAGACUCCGGAGCUCCUCACAAACUACCUGGAUGCCCAGUACUACGGCCAGAUUGGGAUCGGCACUCCACCGCAGCUCUUCAAGGUGGUCUUCGACACCGGCUCGUCCAACCUGUGGGUCCCUUCGCAACACUGUAACUUCUUUGACUUUGCCUGCUGGUUUCAUCACAAGUACAAAUCGGAGGCAUCCAGCACCUACGUGGUAAAUGGAACGAAGUUUGCAAUCCGCUAUGGCAGUGGCAGCCUGACUGGAUUCCUCAGCCAGGACGUUAUAACUAUCGGUGACAUGAAGACCCCAAACCAGAUCUUUGCUGAGGCCGUCGCACAGCCAGGGUUCACUUUCCUUGCUGCUAAAUUCGACGGGAUCCUUGGCAUGGCUUACCCAACCAUCUCCGUCGAUGGGGUCCUCCCCGUCUUCGAUAACAUGAUGAAACAGAAACUUGUGGAGGAAGACAUCUUCUCCUUUUACCUCAACAGGAAUCCAACCACACAGCCAGGUGGGGAGUUGUUGCUGGGUGGCGUAGACUCCAAGUAUUACACCGGAGACUUCCACUAUUUGAACGUCACGCUUCAGGCCUUUUGGCAAAUCAAGGCUGACCAAGUGACUGUGGGCACCCAGUUGACCCUGUGCAAGGGUGGUUGCCAGGUGAUCGUGGAUACGGGAACAUCGCUCAUGGUUGGGCCUGUGCAGGAGGUUAAAGCCCUUCAGAAGGCCAUUGGUGCAAUACCCAUCUUUCGGGGAGAGUAUAUGAUCGACUGUGCGAAGAUUCCGUCUCUACCGAACAUCACCUUCACGCUGGGAGGCAAGGACUUCUCACUGACCGGGGACCAGUACGUGCUGCAGCUCCCCAAGUUCGGGACGGUGUGCCUCAGUGGGUUCCUGGCCAUGGACAUUCCAACUCCCGCUGGCCCGCUCUGGAUCAUGGGCGACAUCUUCAUCGGCCGCUAUUACACCGCCUUCGACCGCGCCAACAAUCGCGUGGGCUUCGCUGCAGCUGUGUAGAGAUUCCCCCUGGAGAGAGAGGGGAGUAGUCUUCUGAAUCUGCACCAAUAUCCUAUUCUGUGUGCGCGCGUGUGUGUGUGUGUGUCUAAUUUUUAGGCUAUCAGUAACUCUGACCCUACCGACGUUUAACCUUUUGAACGCCACCCCUCCACGACCUUCCCCCCCCCCCCCCCCCCCCACCCCACCCUCUGAGCGAAUGGAUUUCACACUAGGCCGGGCGACUAUUGGCCAUUGAUUCCUUGGCUAGCACUGAUAUCUAAGGCCUGAGUUUCCAGGCAGGCACACUUGGAAGUUCACACCAAAGGCACAUCUUUAAAGUUCACACCAAAGGCACUUGCUGAUAAAUUUACUCCUCUUAACAUAAAACUCUCCUCCUCCUCCCUCCCCAAACACUCUUGAUCCAAUUUUCUUUGAUUUGGAAGUGAAAGCCAUCUUGAACCACGGUGCGCGCGUGUGUGGAUGCACUUGGUCUCCCCUCCCCCCCCCCCCCCCCACCCCACCUUCCUCAUGCUGCCCUGGUCACUAUGUUCAGUAAAUGUAACUUUCUCCCUUUGUUGCCCAGAGCGUGACUAUGUGUGGGUCUCGAACCCACCUUGCGCCAAGCUGCGAGUCCUUGGAGUGAUUUGUCCGCCAACCUCCAUCUGUCAAGGACACCUGUCUCUUGGCCUCCAUGCUUGGUCUCCGUUUUAUCCUUUGUUGGACUGGACCCAUACAGAGAGCUUGUCUACGUCAAGGCUAAACCACCAUCAUCAACUUGUAGUGUAGGAAGGAACUGCAGAUGCGGAUAUACACCCGAAGAUAGACAUAAAAUGCUGGAGUUAUGUUAUGCCUCUGUCCCACUUAGGGAACCUGAACGGAAACCUCUGGAGACUUUGCGCCCCACCCAAGUGAGACCAAGGGCAAUUGAAGAGAUCGACACAAAACGCUGGAGUAACUCAGCGGGUCAGACAGCAUCUUUGGAGAAAAGGAAUGGGAGAUGCUGUCUGACUCGCUCAGUUACUCCAGCAGUUUUGCGCCGAUCUUCGGUUUGAACCAGCACCUGCAGUUCCUUCCGGCAGAGUUAAAUAAAUUCUUGACUGCAUCUCCACUUGUAAUUUGGUGAAAAGAAUCUUUCUACAAGCAAUAUCUAAGUUGACGAUAGACACAAUAUGCUGGAGUCACUCAGCGGGUCAGGCAUCGUCUCUUGACGAGGAGGAAUAGGUGAUGGUUCAGGUCGGGAUCCUUCUUCAGACUGUGUGUGACACUCAGCCUGAGGAUGUGUCUCCACCCAGAACGGCACCCAUUCCUUCUCUCCAGAGAUGCUGCCUGACC